AUCUCUAUCGCGACCCUAAAGCCCGUCCCAUUUCAGUCCAUCCUCCGCUUUUGUUGUCGACAGUGCCCUUUUCUACAGCAGACCUCAAGGCUGAUGAGAGCCAUUGCUCACUGAUGGCUGCCCACUCGCCGCCACAGCCUGCUGUUGACCGGCAACAACUAGCCGUCACCGCCGCAACAGACCCGCCUGUUGUCGUCGACGAGGUGUCGCUUCCUGUUGUUGACGAAUACAUUCUCUCGCAGGAGACAAUCGAGCAGCCCCUUCGUCCGAUUUCUCCACCUCUCACCCCCCGAAGAGCAAGUCUGCUUCCGCCUGCUCAACUAGCACCAGACCUUGUCGGCCUUUCGAAAGCCUUCCCGAUACGGCUCCAGUCUCGGGCCACAACCGCUCUCUCGUCCUUCUCGGUCCCGCCAAGUGCCGCUUCCGUCGCCUCCACAUCCACCUCUGUCUCCUCAACUGCUACCAGCAGUGCUCUCUCAAGUACCGUUUCCACCUCUCCUGCAUCUUCCGUAUCAUCGGCGCCGACAGCCAGCAUAGGCUCUUCCGUUAAAUCCAAGUCGAAGUCAAAGACUGCCUCACAUCAACCUCUACCAGCCAUAGUCUCUUCGGUAGGGGCUCCAGACAUCAAAUCUCUCUUGGGAAAAAUCCUCAAAGAUCAUGACCCGUUUGGAAGACCUUACAUCUCCACAUACAACAAUGCAUUUAUAGAUGCCGACAUCGAUGACGACUCUAUCACAGUUUUUGACGGCUACAGUGUGGACGCUGAGAGCUCCAUUGCUGAUCAAGAUGAUGAAGAGGGAGAAAUGGAGCGGUUCCUCUCUCAGAAGAAGCAAUACUUCAUCCUAUCCUUUGCUGGAAAGCCUAUCUUUUCCAUGCAUGGGUCCGACGAUCUCAUAUCGGCGCACAUGGGUAUCAUUCAAGCUUUAGUUGCCGGCUUCGAGCAGCCUUCAGAGGAAUCGUUUGCUUCUGAUACCGUUCCCGACCAAAUCCGGUUCUUCACUGCUGGUACCACGACGUUUGCUGUCUCCGUCGAAGACCCUCUGAUUCUUGUUGCUAUAAGCAAACUUGGUGAAACUGAGGGCCAGCUACGGACUCAGCUGGAUGCUCUGCAUACUCAGCUGUUGUCUGCCCUUACGAAAGCGCAGAUAGUGAAGGUUUUCAAUGGUAGAACCAACUUCGAUUUGCGAAAACUGCUAGGUGGUGCUGAAACCUUCCUGCGUGCUUUGGCGCGCGAGAUGGCCUUUGGAUCUCCUGCAAUCUUGCUGAAUGCAAUCGAAUGCGUUCGUUUGCGAAGCAGCGUCCGCGAACGGAUAAAUAUGGCUCUACUCAAAGGUCGAACUUCAUCACUGCUAUACGGUUUAGUUGUGGCUGAUGGCCGUUUGGUUAGCGUGAUAAGACCCAAGAGACACAGUUUACAUCCUCCAGAUCUCCAAGUGAUAUUCUCAAUGCUAUUCCACAACAACACUUUCCAUGACGGCCGAGAACACUGGAUUCCAAUCUGUCUACCAAAGUUCAACAACCGAGGGUUUUUACAUGCAUAUAUAGUAUUCUUCCGUCCAAAGGUUGCCCUUGUACUCAUAAGUGCAAAUAAGGAUUCCUUCUACGAGCUACGCAAGUCAAAAGAGGAUAUUCUCGAGAAUUUUGAAACGGAAAAAUGCUUCGCUCCGAUCGAUUUGGCUGUGAAGCUGGUACGAUAUCGCACCGCUGACAUCGGCGUGCCUGCUAUCCAACACUUUUUGUACAAAUCUCGUGGAAAUGUGCAGUUCACGAUGCCCAACUUUGAGCCGCACUUUCCUGAUCGGAAAUCACAACACGAGCUCAUGCUUCUCUACCGCCGUCUUCAUGCCGCCAUCCACACGCGGCAUACACAUUUGAAGGUGUUGUACGUCAGCCGGGGUAACUGGAUAGCGCUCGCCUGGGCAACUCAUUCAUUCGAAGUCUACUGCGUGGCGAGUGCCUCGACAUCAAAAGCUACUCUUGCGCAGGGUAUGGAUUCGAUCAUUGCGUGGGUGAAGCGUGAAGAGAGCCGACUCUUCAUAUCUAAUGGUGCUGUAAGUGGCCUCUCAUUUUCUACCAAAGAAUUCUUUUCUUCUUUGACCUCUAUGGCGAUAUACACAUGAUGGAUCGAAUUGCAAAAAAGUCAUGAUUACACUUUCAUUUUUGAUUUUGGCGUUUUAGUUUUUCUGUUUUGUUUUCAUUGGGAGGUUUACCUUGUAAAAAAUUCUACACAAGCGUGAAGGCUCUUGUUUCAGCUUUGGGAUGGAACUCGAGAUCUGUGUACAUAAAAUUACUGCCGCGUUCAAAAUUGACAUUUCAUUUUACUCU